GUCUGACGACACCGGAAGUAAUUACAGGCACGGUAUCCAAGAUGGCGGCUCCCUUGUGUCAGUGUUAUCAGAUAUGUGUCAGAAGAGGCUUGGUUGCCUUCCCUUCCUCUCACCUGCUGCUACCGAACAGAACCCAUGUUUACAGGACAUGUGGACUCUCGAGGUUUCCACAGCCUCCUCUUCUUCAGGUGAGGUAUAUGUCGGGGGACAAGAGUGGAGGGAGAAAAGGUUUCCUUGGGGAAUUUUUGGAUAACCUAAAGCAGGAGCUGAACAAAAACAAAGAAAUGAAAGAAAAUAUCAAGAAGUUUCGAGAAGAGGCCAAAAAACUUGAAGAGUCAGAUGCACUGAAACAAGCUCGGAGGAAAUAUAAAACAAUAGAGUCAGAAACGGUGAAGACCUCCGAGGUCCUGAAGAAGAAACUGGGAACCAUUUCAGAGACGGUUAAAGAGGGGCUGGAAGAGGUCAGUCGUACAGAAAUUGGUAAGAAAAUCAAAGAGGGGAUGGAGGAAGCAGCCAAAACUGCAAAGACAUCGGCAGAAUCGGUCUCUAAGAGCGGAGAGAUGCUGGGGAAGACUGGUGCGUUCAGAGCAAUAUCUCAGAGUGUGGAGAGUGUGAAGAAGGAGAUUGGUGACCUUGGCCAAACUGGACCGUACAAACCUCCAGCCCGACUCCGCAAGAGGACAGAGUUCUCAUCCAAGGGGGCGGGGGAGGACGGAAAGGUCUUUGAAGCCAAUGAGGAAGCUAUGGGUGUGGUGCUGCACAAAGACUCAAAGUGGUACCAACAAUGGAAAGACUUCAAGGACAACAAUGUGGUCUUUAAUAGGUUCUUUGAGAUGAAGAUGAAGUACGAUGAGAGCGACAACGUCGUCAUUAGAGCUUCUCGUGCUGUCACAGACAAGAUGACUGACAUCAUAGGAGGACUGUUUUCAAAGACAGAAAUGUCUGAGGUUUUAACAGAGAUCUUGAAGGUGGACCCUUCCUUUGAUAAAGAUUCUUUCCUGAAACAAUGUGAACAAGAUAUCAUCCCAAAUAUUCUGGAGGCGAUGAUCAGAGGGGAGCUGGAGGUACUGAAGGACUGGUGUUAUGAAGCGACUUACAGCCAACUCGCACAUCCAAUUCAGCAAGCCAAAGCCAUGGGACUUCAGUUCCACUCUAAGAUUCUGGACAUAGAUAAUAUAGACUUGGCCAUGGGGAAGAUGAUGGAACAGGGUCCAGUGCUGAUUAUCACCUUCCAGGCUCAGUUGGUCAUGGUAAUCCGAAACACCAAGGGAGAGGUGGUGGAGGGAGACCCUGAUAAGGUGCUGAGGAUGAUGUACGUGUGGGCUCUGUGUCGAGACCAGGAAGAAUUAAACCCAUAUGCUGCCUGGAGACUACUGGACAUCUCUGCCUCAAGCACUGAGCAGAUCCUCUAGGACUCUUUGUUAUGCAUUAAAAAAAAAAAAAAA